CCAUUCGCUUCUCGGCGGUGGUUCUCGACUACUAAACACGAUCGAAGGUCGGAUCCAGUGGACCAGUCGGAUAUGUAGUGAUGAUCGUGAUGAUCGUGACAACAUGCAACAGGGCAGUCUCCAUUAAUUUUUACGCUCCUGCAGCUAAUACUCGCGCUCAGUGAUUAUCUACUAGAGCCGAUAACAAAUCAAGCAUGAAAAUCCUAGAUCGCGCCUUCUUCCUGACCAGUAUGCAUGCACAAGAUUCCGCAAGCUUCAGUGACGCUGGGCGAAAAUCUUUCGACCGAGGGUUUGUUCUCUAUCACCUCGCGAACAUAGAGCAGAUUUACAACAACUUAUACGACGAGAUCGAAGGUUGUGUCUUUUAGCGAAUCAAUUUGACUGCCGGUUUGGGGGCUGGGGUAUUCAUUCCGAUAUGUUGAGCGCCACUUGAGGUUGGUGGAAAAGGCCUUUGAGAAGAUACGAAAGGAAAUUGACUUUACAAAAUGCACUUGCUCGGAAUUUGACAGAUCUUGCGACGUCAUCUACAAGAUGGAUAAGUAAAAAUCAGCAAAGUCGAGGUGGCGUAAUGGAGGGCACGAUGGAAGCGGCUAGAUCUCCACACUAGUUUGCUCCCAGGACAACGCAUGCUACAGAUACAUCAUGAGUCACGGAUGCUGGAUCCGUAGAAACUCAUUCUGAACAAUAUGCCUCCAAGUGCCUCCGCGUCCCACUUUGGUUCUCACUAUGAAAGUAGAAGCAAGGAGCACGCAUGACGUCUACAACGUUCUGGUGGGGGUUCGCCACUCAUUUCUUUUUUUCUAGAUCAUGGUUCCAGAUACAGGCAAGUGUGAUAUGGUGAAAAAUUACUCAGCGAUAUUUGUAAAUGGGCUGUCAUCAUCCGCCGAAGUAAAAUGCUUUUGGCCUUUCCAUACAAAGCAUUAAAUCGCGAACUCGCCAAGACUCGAGGACCCGUAUCACAUUAAAACCGGAACUGAAGGCAGAUAAUUUCGAUUUAUGGCAACCAGAAAAGAUAAAGAUAUCAUCAACGUCCAUGCCGCAGAAAAGUACUUACAACGUCGUAUGUAGAGCCUGGCUCCAACUGCGGGCUCGCCUUGAAGCGCCGACUUGCCAGCCGCCCGCCCAAGCAAACUGGUGGGGGCGAGGCAAAAUUGAUAGACAGGAAAUUUCCGGACAAAAGUAUUUUCUGCAGUGCGAACACUUGCGGAGCUGCAACGAGCUGUAGCUCUGCCGCGAAAGCAAAUCUGAUAUCAGUGAACAUUUGAUCGAAUUGCAUACUUCAAAGUAUUCCGAGAAAAAAAAUGCGUUUAGCUUAUUGGUCUUUGCUUGAGUAGGCCUCUUCCGGAGUAGCUUUUUGUGCGACGCAACCCAGUGUGUGCAUAGGGCUUGUAUUUAAAAGAAAGUGCUUUAUCCGGGCGAGGCUUUUUCCACCUAUGGAAAAGGAAGUGCCUUCCGGGGCAGAUGUCAUGUUUAUGCGACGUGUCGGGGCCGUUCCUACACCCAGUGUGUGCCUUCGCUGGCAGUACGUAGUCCAAAUCUAGAGCGGCGCACUUUUGUUUCUUGAUACUGCUACAGCAGUCAAAGCGAUUAUCUCCGGUAAGAAAAUUUUUGUUUUUUCUCAUGUUUCGAAGGCUAGUUUCAGCUCCUCGCCCGUUUUCAUUUACGCAUUCGUAUUUUCAGUUUCUUGAUACAGUGAUGCAAGCCGUGAUAAAAUUACAGCAUCUCCGGCACGCGACUUUCCUCAUCCGCAUCAGCAAAAAAGAUGUUCGUGCUUUUGUCGGCCUUCAAGUAUUGACCACAAAGCAAGCUCUCCGCCCCAGAACGCAUAAUUUUUUGAUAUCACGCAACGUUUACAAGCGGCGUGCACCAGAGCCGCGAUUUCUUGACUUCGAAAAUAAGCAUGGGAUUUAUGCGCUUUUCUGAGAACAAAAAAGGUAAUCUGGUCGACGAUUGUCAAGUCCCAGAAUCACACUCGACAUGCAAGAGUGACAUUCUACAUGUGAAAACUUGUCAAGUGGGUACGCACAAGCAGAUAGUCAAUGUCCUGUUUGCAGAAAGUGACUGCAUGUGACAGAAUUGAUGCUCCUGCUCGUCUUGAGGGGUCAUCACGAAGACGUUGCACCUCUUUCCAGGGCGGGAUUGUUUUCAGCCUGAUCCCGAUGUUUUUGGAGAGUGCGUUGCAGAGCAUGUCAUUGAACACGCUCUAGAGAUGUCUUCCGAUGCGGAGAUAUCACCCGAAGGAUUUGCUCCAACCCAGACUCCAGGACAGUUGUGGAAAUUUCUGAAGAACUGAGUAAGCAGGGCCACACAAGAUCGCGAGGCAUGUUUCGCAGGGAAUUUUUGCAAGAGGUGCUUCCAAUAGACGUUCCUGGCGUGAGAAUCUGGCCAAUGUCACUCGGCAAGUAAGUGCAAAAAGAACAACUUGUAUAAAAAACCAAUGUGACUAUCAGGCAUGCUUCCCACAGCAAAUGCCUAUCCCACGUCCUUCUGUCGGCUUUAGUAAUUGUUCUGUUUCUGUGGAAAGGUUACAGUGCUGGAAAUGGGAGUAAGUGCCUUACAAUAUCAUUUGUAUUGCAGACUCGCAUCUGGAGCAAUUGGUAUUGGGCAGAAGCCUUUCCCGUGUGACACAAACACACAGAAGAGCCGGCAGCAGAAGGACAAAUCGACGACACCAAAGCUGCACCAAAUGGCGCAAAGGUGGAGCAGACGACGGAAGUGUCCAAGUCCAGCCAGGCCCUGGUGGACGGCGCCCCUUCGUCGUUCUUGGGGGAGGCCAAUCACCUCACGCAACAGCAACCGCCGGUGCUCUUCACGAAAAACGAUAUGGAUUUGGUUUACGAUCUCCAGCUUUACCUAUUCCAAGAAAACGCGGUCGACGUUUCUGCUUCCGUGGAGAAUCAGAAAGCCAAGAGCGAGAACUUGAUCUUGCGGGCCGGAUCUGACAUCACGCUACAGCGAUUACAGAGCAACGCCAUGUGGCCCAAAUUGGAGCCCAAUGUUGAAAAACUGAUGAAGAGCCCGAGUAUCCGCUUCUCAGUGCCAGUUCUCGACUUGGCGGAGUACAUGGUUGCUUUUGCGAAGCUGGAUAGAAACGAUAACAACGAGCUGGAUUCAAGCGAUUCUGACCCGAGAACGGCCUUCAAUUUGCAACCAGCCCUCGCUGCGUUAAGGCAAGUUUUUUCGGUGAUUUCGGGGCAGCGACCACAUGAAGGUUCUGAAUCGGUGUCCUUUCCGGAAUACGUGGAGAGCUGCCGGCACAUAGCGAGCAGCUUGCGAAAUAGUUACGGCGCACGCACAGAAAACGGAGCGUCGUUCCUGGAAGAGCGUCCACAUUUCGGAGCAAAUCAGUAUCUUCAUCGAGAGACGGAGGAUGGGGCGGGGGUCACAACAACUCAGGAAUGGGAGGAUUUCAAAGUCCGAUACGGCCUGGUGAAGCCCUGGACCGAUAUGAGUCAAGAGGAAAAAACCGCGUUUAUCAAAGGGCUCAGCGACGAUGAAAAAAAAGAAUUCCGAGACACAAUCCAUAGGCUUGCAAGGAGAGAAGUGGAGCAACAUCAAAGGGAGGAAGCUGCAAGGCGCGCCAGAGCUCCGUACAGUGGUGACACCACCCGCGGCAUGCAGUAUGCGGGCCGGGGCGGACCCGGCCAGUUUCCCAUCUGCCGCCCCACGGGAAACGUGUACCAAAGACCGGAAGGGCAAAGCACCGGGUUGCCAUGGUGGCGACGAAAUUAGUUGAGAGACGGGAUUGGGACACCGAAGCAGCGUGAGUUUCUUUUCGUUCUUCUUCAACUCGGUCAUGUUUAUCGCUGUUCGUGCCAAAGUGUCAACAGAGGUCGUCGAAUUUAUGAUGUUGCUCCAUGCUCUCUAUUCCGGCCGAGACUCGCCGAACAAAAGGACAAGGUUCAGAAUUCUACAGAUAGAACGCGAGAAAUUAGAUUGCUUAUUUGUGUAUUGUAGUCAGGUGAUGUAUUAUGCGCUUGCAGUAUCAUCCCGAUUGAGACGCCAGCUUUUUCUAGCAAAGUUGCGCCAGCAUCUUGCUUCGCACAUCAGCGCCGCAUCAUUUUCAUCGGCUUUCGCAACUGCCUUCGCAACGCCGUUGCUCCGUAGUAGCCGGGGUAGUUCCAGAUGACAAGGAUUCUUCAUCCCUGUCGUUCCGUGAGUGUGGGGGGCAAGCAUACCGCGACAACAGUCGACCCUCGUCGUGUAUUCUCUGUAUGGAUUCUCGACGAAGUAUCGCGAUUCGGAUUAUGGUCGUAUAUUCUUGACGUAGAUUCGUGAUUUAGAUUCUCAAACGUAAAUCUUACUCGAGGCAGAUCCUCGCUGUAGAUUCUCGGUGUAGGUUCUCCUCGUAGAAUGUCCCGGUAGAUUAUCGGUUUAGGUGAUCGGUGUGUGUUCUUGAUCGAUGUAGAGUCUCGGUUUGAAUUGUAUUUCGACGGAGUUUGUCGAUGGUGGUUCGCGAAGAUUCAAAUUUGGUUUUCAAUCCAGUUUUCCAGUGUAGAUGAUCGCUUUAAUUUCGCAAUUUAGGUUUUCGACCCGGGCUCAAAUAAAGCUGCUGAUAAAGAGAUAAAAGCACAAAAAGAAUUGGUCACUCGAUGAACUCUGGUUUUCUGCAGAAAAACCUGGGUUCGAACCGCAUGCAAACGGUUUCCGCCACAGCGCCGGAACGCUGUGGCGGAAACCGGAGCUGCGUGGAUUGCUGCACUGAUUAGCAUGCAGCCC